CCAUAGAUAUACAUGUUCAUCUCUCAGCAUCAGCUGCAGCCGUAUAUAACUGGAGCAUCCCUCGCACAGGCACAGUCCAUUUCUACAACCUUGCACACCAAGAAGGGUAUGAAACUAUCAUAACAAGACAUUCAGCAAAAACAGUAUUCGAUCAUGACCAAGUCACAUACUGAGGAGAGCAUGAUGCUGGAGUCACAGAAUACAGCCAACUGGACAGACGAGUGUCAUAGCUCCCAAGACGAACACGACAUGGAAAAGAAAAAUGAUACCAUGCAUAAAGAUAUGGAUGAAGAAGAUGACGACUUUGACGAUGAAGAACUCGCCAGAUUGGAGGCAGAGGAUGACGAGGAAGAUGAGGAGGAGGAAGAAGAUGGAGAUGACACUAAACCCAAAAGACGCGGACCGAAAAAGAAGAAAAUGACAAAAGCUCGACUUCAGAGGUUUAAACUCAGGCGCAUGAAGGCGAACGCGCGGGAAAGGAACCGUAUGCACGGACUCAAUGAUGCCCUUGAGGGCUUGCGUAAAGUUGUGCCAUGUUACUCCAAAACCCAGAAGCUGUCAAAGAUUGAGACUUUGCGUUUGGCGAAAAACUACAUUUGGGCUCUCUCUGAGAUUCUGAGAUCUGGCAAAAGCCCGGAUUUGAUGUCCUUCGUGCAGGCCCUAUGCAAGGGUUUGUCACAACCUACCACGAAUUUGGUGGCGGGCUGUCUCCAGCUGAACCCCAGAACUUUCCUCCCCGAACAGAGCCAGGAAAUUCCCCCUCAUAUGCAAACAGCAAGUGCUUCCUUCACUGCACACCCCUACUCUUACCAGACACCCGGUCUUCCUAGCCCUCCUUAUGGUACAAUGGACAGCUCCCACAUAUUUCAUGUCAAACCACACGCGUAUGGAAGUGCGCUGGAGCCGUUCUUUGAAACCCCCCUGACAGACUGCACUAGUCCGUCAUUUGACGGACCGCUUAGCCCACCUCUGAGUGUGAACGGGAACUUUUCCUUCAAACAUGAGCCUUCGUCUGAGUUCGAAAAGAACUACGCCUUUACCAUGCACUAUCAAGCGGCAGGUCUGGCGGGACCGCAAGGGCAUGCCUCGCUCUACGCAAGCUCUGCACAGCGGUGUGACAUACCGAUGGAAAACAUUAUGUCCUACGAGGGUCAUUCUCACCACGAGAGAGUCAUGAAUGCCCAGCUAAAUGCUAUAUUUCACGAUUCAUGAAUCAACUGAAACUUUGCAACAGACUUUGAUUAUUAAGCGUUGAGGUGCUCGGGUGUACCUCGGCGCGAAAGCGCAACAACACUAUAUGCUUAAUCUUAUGUAUGUAUGUAUUUAUUGUUGUUACUGCCUUUAGGAGAAGUGAGGAUGCAUAUUCUCUUUCACCUUAUGUAUUGUAUUCGAUAGCGCUUCUACAUUGUGGUCACGGGAGGAUAGGUGUGACCUUAUUCAGAAUGUGUUAAUUAUCCAUGUUACAAAAUCACAAGCAAUAAUUUGGAAACUAUGCAAUUUUUAAACAAGAUACUGGGCCAAUUAUGAAAAUUAAUAGAGAUUUCUAUAUUUUUCAACCUGCAUUUUACUACUUAUCUAUCCCAUGCUGAAUUAUUUUGUUGUGAUUUUGUAUAGAAUUGUCAAUUAAUUUUUAUAAAGUCGAGUUCCUACAUCAUUCCAACCAUCUCCAUGUCAAUGUUUUAUAAAAUAGAGUUAUCUCAUGUUUAUACGAAACAGUAAUUAUUCUAGUUAUUAUACAGUGUAACCAGCAGGCAAGUGCUUAAGAAUCUGUUAUGUUGCCUUAGCAAUUAUUUACUGUAAACCAUGCAAAAUUGCACAAUUAUGAUCGUUUCUCUCCCUAACAGUGUUGUGUUUUCCUAACAAUCAAGAAUGCUUAAUCAUUCGAGAGAAAACUGACAAAUGAGUUGGGAGUCGCGACAGUCGCCCACAUAAUUGGUGUUGGAAGGGUUUUGCUGAUGUACAUAAAACGUUUGACUAUCAUCUGAAAAAUGCAUCCUCUGUAAAAUCUAAACAAGGGACUGUCAUAACAGAACGAUAAUAAACAAUCACCCUGCAUUCAUACUCAAUCCUUUCCUCUGGUUGCUAAUCAGUACGACAUAUAUCAUUCUUGACCAUCCCUCCUCCCUUUGCGCAGUAGAUGUGUUGCAUGUGCGCCUGCAGUCCAAAAAAGCGUGGUUCCGUCUGGAUUUGUGCUGUACUUAUGUUUGUAAAAAUGUAGAGUGAUGUAUUGCUGCAGCAUUCAAAGUUUGGUUGAAGACCUUUAAGUAUCCUCCAGCGUGGUUCUAGUUCCAGUGGGAUUAUUGUAUUUAUGUUGAUCUCAUGGAGCGCACUCAAUGAUUUGUAGAAUAAAGUGAAUGAGUAUGAUUUUGCUAUUGUUCAAUGCAUUAAAUAUUUUACUACUUA